AUGGCGUCUACAAGCCCAGCCACUGGUCUGCAAGAGCAGCAGCAUCAGGCAUCUCGCCCUCUUAGCAGGCGCCCACCUAGCGUCACGCCGCUCGUGCUGCACGCUGAAGAUCGCGUUUGCAGAAAGACUUGGCCUCGUUUGCCUCGCUCUCGCGCCUCUGUGCCCGAAUGUUUGCCACCCAUGCCUUUGCCUCGCACCACAGCCGACCCAGAUGAAUCCGCCUCGCCAGCGCCGCCUCAUCUCGAGCGUCUCGGCUCCACUUCAGCAUUCGACUUUUGGUGGGAGCAAAUUGGCAGCAAGGUGAUGCGCAUGCUGGAUGAUGCCGACUACUCCGUGGAAGCGAGGGCAAGGCACGAGCUACUCUUGCGCAGGUACAUCAUACCGGCCCUUGGCCCAGCACCUCGUCGGCAUGGUGCCGAUGAUCCCAAGCCUCUUGCCGACAGCAGCAGCUAUGCACGAGCUGCAAAUUUGCACUGCGGCAUCCCUAUUCCUCGCUUCGACAGCUUCAUGUGCGACGAUGCUACACCGGUAGAGCUGGGACUGACCUGGGUUAAUGGUAGACCGAAUGUGCGCAUCGCCAUUGAGCCGCUGGAUGAAGAGGAGGAGCUCUUGUUUGGAAACGGAACGCUCAACUACCGAGCUACUUGGCGUCUGAUACACAAGCUCGAAGGAGCUGGUCUCGGUGACUUUACUCUGUUCAAAAAGAUGGUUGCCGAAGCGACGACCUCUUCAGUGCAAGAGGCGAUCGCGACCAAGCCAUUGGGCCAGGUCGCACAUCACAACGGCCCGCAGAGCGCCAUUGCGAGUCAAUUCUUCAUCGGAUGGGAUCUCGGACAUGACGGAUCGGCCAUGAUCAAAGCGUACGCCAUGCCAAAUGCUCGAGCAAGUGAGCUUGGCGUCUCGAACCUGACCGUCGCAGAUGCUGCGCUGCAAGCUGCAGGGCUGCGCACCUGUCCGGCCUGGCAAACACUGCGCUCGUACAUGACGGGAGCGCCAAAUUCCGAUUUGGACGCAGGACUGACCAGCUUGGAGCGCCCAGAACUGGUAAUCUUGAGCGUCGACUGCCUUGAUCCCAUCGCGGUGCGAGCUGGCCAGGUCCCGCGUCUCAAAGUCUACCUCAGGUAUCCGACAAGCAACUUUGGUCAGAUUGUACGGCAUUUGACCACGGGUGGACGAUGCAGCGACGCUGGCUCUCCGACGCUGUGGCGGCACGUCCUAUCCCGCGCAUGGCAGCAUCUGUUUGAUCGGGACAGCGACACGCACCCAGAAUUUGAUUCGACAUCAGCCCUCGAUCUGACAAGAGGCACGCUGCUGUACGUCGACUUUGGCGCACGCCGUCAGUCAGAGGCGCUCACCUCCAAAGUCUACUUGCCUGUACGUUUUGCCGCUGCCAGCGACGAGAGAGUUGCGGAUGGAAUCGAGCGGCUGAUCCACUGCGAUGAUGUGGAGAGAGGUCGGUACGCCGCUCAGAUUGCAGCGCUCACACGACGGUCUUUGCAGAACAAGGGCAUUCACAAUUACGUCGCUCUGGGUCAGAAGAAGGAUGGAAGGAUAGAUGUGUGCUCCUACAUCAACCCGCAAAUUUUCACCCCUCGGUCCGAAUCUUGGCAGGUACCCUUUCCCAACUGGCCUCUCGCACAACAGCACGUUGCACCGCGGAGAUGACGCCGCGGCUCUGCUAACCCUGCACUCACACCCAAAGACUCGCAAUUGUAUCCUUGCGCCCUGCUCAUUCUGUCAUUGUGAACGCGUGCUCUGCUCUCUCC